UAGGAACCUGACUUGAAGGAUGAUUGAAUGUAGCGUACCCCAUUAUUUUCCAAAGGCAGAGUGCAUAUGUAUCGACAGUGUUUUGUACUACGGUGCUUUAGGUUCCAAUAUGUGUCAUAUUCUAGUUUGCUUUGAUGUCAGAUCUGAGAAGUACAGCUCCAUUAAAGCCAUUCAACGAGCAGUAGAGGUAGGUGCAACUCUGGUAAACUACAAAGGUAAAUUGGCUUCGCUAAGGGCGCAACCUAACCCCCAUGCUAUUAGUGGAACAAGUACAAGUUUUGAGAUGUGGAUUCUAGAAGAUCCUGAGAAACAUGAGUGGUCCAGCCGUAUUUACAAAUUGCCUCCUGUUUGGAAGGAUAUAGUUGCAGGGGAGGUCUUAUUCUUUAAAGGAGUGACUGCUACAAAUGAAAUUGUUUUGUCCCCCAAAACUUCAUCCGACAUUUAUUACGUUUACUACUACAAUUUCGACAAGGAAAGUAUAACAAGAGUUGAUUUCCAAGGAAUGAAACCGUUUAGGAAGGGUUGGGGUUCUGGAGUUUUUACCAUACUGAACCAUGUAGAGGACGUGAAACUUAUGUAAUUGUUUUAGAACUUUGUAACGGAAGCUGGCUCCUUGAAGAUGUUAAUGAAAACUUUUUUUUUCCAGUGGUUCUGUGUUGUUGUUAUAACUUUUUGCUUAUCUAAGUUGUAAAUUAUGGUUUUGAAACUCCUCUGGACU